GGGUACAUAUUGUCGUUUAGGAAGCCGUCAGGAUGGCUUCAGGAAAAAUGGCGGCGUCCAAGGAGCUGAUGCAGAUGGAUUUGUAUGGGUUGCUUGGUAUAGACGCUGAGGCUUCUGAGAAAGAGAUUAAGAAGGCGUACAGGCAGAAAGCUUUAACUUGCCAUCCAGACAAAAAUCCAGAUAACCCACGAGCAGCUGAGCUCUUCCACCAGUUGUCCCAGGCUUUAGAAGUGUUGACUGAUGGAGCGGCCAGGGCCGCGUAUGACAGACUCAGGAAAGCCAAAGUAGCAGCAGCAAAGAGAACUCAGAAACUCGAUGAGAAAAGAAAGAAGGUGAAACUUGAUCUUGAAGCUAGGGAGAAAGAAGCACAAGUCACAGAUGAGGAAGAGGCGUAUGUUGCUCGGACAUUCGAGCAAGAGAUAAUACGACUGCGUGAAGAGGGGUCAAGACAACUAGAAGAGCAGCAAAGGUUGGUUCGGGAGCAGAUCAGGUUGGAAACGUUGCAGAAGACACAAGGGCAACGAGGGAAGACCCGCUCAUGCCGAGAUCGGUUUCGGCGGGAGCUCGUAAUUUCCCAGGGACACGGUGGCGAUGGGGGUCUUCGCAAGAAGCCAUAUCUUUAUACUAAGCAGCUUCAGUGUUUGAGACCUCUGCUGGAUCUUGGGCCGACCGUUGACAGCCUGGAGGACCAAGGGGGUCAUGCAACGCGCUCGACAGACGAUGAGCAAGCUGCUGGUCCCCUGGAAUCCCCUCGUCCUGUGGCUGAAGAGGCCGAAUCUGUAGAACAGCUGGCUCGUCCUGAGAGUCAGGAGGAGUCUUCUGCUUUGAAGGGAGCUGCUGUAGUUCCAUCGAGCCCAGAACGACCCAGGAGACAGCCACGGCGGAGAAGGGGGACUAGAGACCUUCUGGAUUCUGCCUCAAAUACUCGAGCCCUGAUUGAUAGUCAGGUGCUCGAGUAUUUGAGGCAGAGAAGGGAUGAAAGGAAAGUGGAGCGCAUGCUCAGUGGGCUCGCUCCCCUGAUAGAAAGUUUAUCUAUCCAGAAAAAAGCAUUAUUUGUCAACAUUAUGUCUUCCGUGGCCCUUAUCAUGGAUUCACCAAUGGAUCCAAUGGAGCUUGUGUGCACUUUGGAUAACCUGAAGCAGCGGGCUUUAAUGUUAUCCACAGACCCAUAACCUGGGCCCAGCAUGGUGUCACACCCUGCUGGGCCCAGCUCUUAUUAUUCAUAGUCCCUAUACUCACAGGAGCAUGAAUAUGGCUCCCGGGCGCAUUAUGAAGGCUCUCGGGACCUUUCAUAAGGGAGCUUAUGGAGUUUUUUAUUUAUG